AUGGGAUUCAUGGUGACAGUGAUCGGUUGGCUCGCCUCCGCGAUUAUUCUGUUCAGCCUCAUCGGCAUUGAGGUCCGACGGCACAGGCAAGCCCAAGGCCAAGCUUUCCUAUAUACCGAAAACUUUUUCGCCGGGAUCAUAUCCGCCAGUCUCUAUUUUUUGAUAGCCCUCCUGCUCUCAAUCUACAUGGUCAGCGUGAAAGUGUCUCCUUUAGGUCCAAAAGACAGGCGAAAAGUCGAAUGUACAGCGAUUGUGCUCCGGGCUAGCACUUUGGGCAUUCUGCUUCUAGGCGGAGCCGCCGUAUACAGCACUAUUGAAGGCUGGUCGUUGAUGGAUGCUCUUUACUUCACCGAUUACACUCUCCUGACCAUCGGUAUUGGGAAUAUAACCCCAAAGACCCAUCUAGGGCGCAGUCUGCUGUUUCCCUACGCCACCUUAGGGAUCAUUAGCUUGGCCUUUUUUAUAACUGCUGUGGCCUCUUUUACGGAUCAGAUGAGAGAUUUGAAGCUCAAGUGGAAGAUCGAGGAAACUCGAAGUCCAAUUGAUAACGCAGAUACCUCGGGCAACACAGUCGAUGGUCUCCCAACAGCUGGAGUAGACGGAUCACAAAUCGCUUCAGUCAGUCGUGUCAAGAGUGAAGAAAUCCUUAGAGCACGGAACGUCAGAGCUGCAUUCUAUCGAAGAAGGAGAUGGGCUGAGCUGGGGUUUUUCUUAGCUGCAUGGUUCGUCCUGUGGCUCGUUAGUGCGGCUAUCUUUUGCCAAUCCGAGAAAGAAGAUAGGUGGACCUAUUUCGUGGCUCUAUAUUUCACCUACACAUCCCUCACCACGAUCGGAUAUGGGGACUACUUUCCCACGAGCAAUUUCGGCAAGGUCUACUUCAUUUUCUGGUCAUUACUGGCCAUUCCAAUUCUAACAAAUCUGGUCAAGGCCAUAGGAAGUGUAUUCCAUAUUUGGCUGGUUUUCUGCUCUAGUUGGAUAUGGCGACAUGUGCUCCGUAGAGGGCGCUCAAGGCAGCAUCAUAACCAUGAACAUGCCUAUCGUUCCUUACAUACACCGGGCCUGACUGCGACGAAAAAAGCCCCCGAAACCGAGACCAGGGGAUUCUGA